UAGUGUAAAAUUGUAAAUGUGUACUCCGUAUUCCGUAAUAGUGAGUCAGUGAUCGUAGUUGAGUGGACAAGUCACAAGUCAAUGUUUAUUUUGGACAACUUUAACAAUCAGGCAAUCGUGGAGAGAGAAACACUACUACUCGUACUAUACAACUGCUUAUUGCAGAUUCUAGAGAGAGAAGCUAACAAACAAACAAACAAAGUUGCUCCGAAAUGAAUUGGGAUUCAAGAUCUAGAGAAGUGAGAAACGAGAUUUUCUGGAAUUUGUCAUCGUAAUUCCUCCGUAUCAUCUUUGGAAGAUGUCUUUUUGAGGGUCAAUUAUAAAAAAAAAGUUUCUUCUUUUACUUGGAAAUUGAAACUGGGUUACUGUGAAUUUGGUCAUGAAUUUCAUUGGAAAUUUCUGCACCAAAUACCCAUUUGAAGUUUUGAGAUUGGGACCUAAUUCUCCGUUUCCUUUUUUUAUGGGAUUUUUGCCAAUUUCUGGGUUUCUACAAAAAUCCCUAAUUAAUUAGGGUUUUGGGUAUUCAAUAUGACCCUUUAAUUUUCUGGGUUAGUUUUAAAUUUGAAAGAUUACGUCCUUUUUUUUGUUAAUUUAUUUUUUUGGGGUUUUGGGUUUUAGCUGAAAUGGAUGGAAAUGAAGCAGCUUUGCAUACAGCUAUUAAUGCAAUUCAAGCUUUGGGAAGGGGUUUUGAUUUAAACUUUGAUACGAGGUUGUUGUAUUGCAAAGGGAUUGCUGGGUCUAGGUUACUCCAAGUUGAUGAAGAACCCACUUGGGAUUUAAGGUUGUCUAAUCAUUUGAUUAUCCCUAAUGUUCCUAGGGCUAUCAAGAAUGAACCCUGCAUGCCUGGUCGAGAGAGUUUUGGUGUUUGUUCUUAUGAUGAGAUGGUGAAGCACUUUAAUAAAAAGGCCGAGCUAAUGGCUAGCAUUCCUCUUGGAAGCUUUAAUUCUGCGUUUAAUUUUACUGGUUCGAAGCACAUUGAUGCAGCAUCCACCAAAUCCUUAUCAGUUGAUGGGUUUGUCAUCCCACUUGCCAAAUUUCAACUUACUAAGUCUUCGUGGGUCCUGCAAGAGAAUGUUAUAAGGGCUAUCCCUGUUUUGUGGGACCCACCUUCAUUAGCUAGUUUUAUUGAAAACUUUGGGACACAUGUUAUUACAUCAGUUACCAUCGGUGGUAAAGAUGUAAUUUAUGUUAAACAGCAACAGUCGUCGCCUUUAUCCGCAACGGAAAUGAAAAACUAUGUUCAAGAGAUUGGAAACCAGAGGUUUAUGCAAACGCAAACUCCUACAAGUUCAGGUCCAAUUAGAGUAAAGGAUAAGGUUGGUGAUUCAGGCUUGUUCAACAGCCAAGGAAUAUAUCCACAACCGACAAAUGUUCUCUCUCUAAAUGGAAAAGAAGACAUCACUGUCAUUUUUAGGCGGAGAGGCGGUGAUGAUCUGGAGCAAAGUCACAAACAAUGGUCUAGGACUGUGCAGUCUUCUCCGGACGUCAUCGAAAUGACCUUUGUCCCUAUAACUGAUCUGAUUAAAGAUGUAGCAAGAAAAGAACAUCUCAGCCGAGCAAUUAGUCUCUAUCUCGAAUACAAACCUCCGAUCGAGGAGCUAAGAUAUUUUCUGGAGUUUCAAAUACCUCGGGUAUGGGCUCCUAUGCACGAUAGGCUUCCUGGUCAGCAACGAAAGGAACCUGUGUGUCCAUCUUUGCAGUUUAGUUUAAUGGGGCAGAAGCUUUAUGUCAGCCAAGAGCAGGUUUCUGUUGGGCGCAAACCUGUAACUGGACUGAGAUUAUUUUUAGAUGGAGCCAAGCAGAAUCGAUUGAGCAUACAUCUUCAGCACCUGGCAUCUCUCCCAAAAAUUCUGUUACCAUACUGGGACUCUCAUGUAGCAAUUGGUGCACCCAAAUGGCGUGGACCUGAGGAACAAGAUAGCCGGUGGUUCGAACCCGUGAAAUGGAAGAACUUCUCUCAUGUUAGUACCGCCCCUAUAGAAAGCCCUGAGACCUUUGCCGGAGAGCUUUCUGGGGUCCACGUUGUCACAGGAGCUCAACUUGGUGUGUGGGAUUUUGGUUCAAGAAAUGUCUUGUACAUGAAACUCCUCUACUCUAGGCUUCCAGGAUGCACUAUAAGGAGGUCAUUGUGGGAUCAUUCUCCGACAGAAAAACCAAAGAAAUCGGGUAGUGCAGAAAGCACUUCUAGUAACUCAAGCUCGGGUUCGUCAGAAACUGUCAACAGUAAUAAGUUGGCAAAACUCGUAGACAUGUCAGAAAUGGCAAAAGGGCCAGAACAUCUUCCAAGUCAUUGGUUGGUAACGGGUGGAAAACUAGGGAUUGAGAAAGGGAAGAUUGUUUUGAGAGUGAAGUAUUCAUUGUUGAAUUAUUGAAGAGUAAGUUUGAUGGGUUUUGUGCAGUUGUGGCUUCUUGUUUGAUGUUUAAUGUAAGUGAAUUAAAUUUUAGUAGUAAUUUGUUGUCUGGUUAUUAGGGACUGGAUGCGUAUUAUUUUUUUUUCCAAUUUUGGUGUUAGUUAUUUAUUCAGGUAUCAUUGUAAAGUUUGUAGAUAAUGCUAAUUUUGCUUGUAUAAGUGACCUUGAAAACAACGUUCAAGUUUUCUAAAAGCUCCCAAUUCUCAGGCCA